CUUUUUCUCCGGGAAAAAAAAGGAGAGAAAAUUUGAUGGGAAAUUACAGGUUUCGGUUCUCGGAUAUGAUGCCCAAUGCCUGCUUUUACAAGCUUAAAGACAUGGGCAAACCCAGAAACCAUGUCCAUUCUUCAUACAAACAACACCAGAUUUCAUCACCUUCUUCGUCAAUAUCACAGCCAUCAAAAACCAAGCAGAAUCACCAUUUUUAUCCCAGAAAAUCUUAUUACUUCACCAGAGAGCUUGUCCCCAGUGAUGGAUUCUAUGUUUCUUCUACAAUAGACAACAAAUCUUCAGGUUCCAAUUUACUUGACCCGCCGAGAAAAUCAUCUCAAAAACGAUCCAGGAAAAGAAACAUCAGGUCUUCUUCUAGGAAGCUUGUUAGCUCCUCUGUUUCUUCCGGUUGUCGUUAUAGUGCCACACUCUGGACAAAGCCUGAUUCUCCGCCGCAAGAAUUCAGGUCCGACUGCGUUCUCACGAGUCAAUCGUUCGAUAACAUGGUUUCCAUGUCGCAUUCUUCUAGCUGCAAAGCCAUGGAUUCUGAACCCAAGGACAUCGUCGUUGUCGAUGACGCAAGCAACAAGAAAUUCAACAAGCUGGAGGAGUUUGACAAUUUUUCUGAACUUCAACUCCCUCGGAUCAUAACCAAGCCUGUUGAAUCCACCUAUAAGAACAUCGAACCAACAAAUCAUCGAAGGAGUUCAGGUAAAUUUGAAGAAAACAAUGUUCAUAGUUCAUACUUGAACAAGAAAACGUGUCCGGGGAGGAGAUUUUGUGUGACUUCUCCAGGGCUAAGGCUGAGAAUUAACUCCCCGAAAAUCGGAAGCAGAAGAUUACAGGGUCAUUCUCAGAAAAGCGUGUCAUCGAGUCCGAGGUCGAGGUCGAGGAGGAGUCUGUCGGAUAGUUUCGUGGUGGUGAAGUCGUCGUUCAAUCCUCAGAGAGACUUCAGAGAAUCAAUGGUGGAAAUGAUUAGGGAGAACAACAUCAGGGCAUCAAAGGAUUUAGAAGAUUUGCUUGCCUGUUAUCUUGCCCUUAAUUCCCAUGAAUAUCAUGGUCUCAUCAUCAAGGUUUUCAAGCAAAUCUGGUUUGAUUUGAAUGAUAUCCGGUUGAAAUAA